CUCUCCCAUUCCUUAUACAUCUAAUCCAAACUCUCCACAACCAAAAAACACACAUACACAAACACACAGUAGCUAGUUCAGAAAAUAUGGAGAAUGGUACCAAAAAACUUAAUGUUUCUUCUCUAGCAGUUGAGCAGCCUUUACCAAAAUCCAAGCUAUGGAAAAUAAUAAUGGUGGCUUCCAUAGCAGCUGGAGUUCAAUUCGGUUGGGCUCUGCAACUUUCUUUAUUGACUCCAUAUGUUCAACUCCUUGGUAUCCCACAUAAAUUUGCUUCUUUUAUUUGGCUCUGUGGACCUAUUUCUGGUAUGAUUGUUCAGCCAGUUGUGGGUUAUUACAGUGACAAUUGCUCCUCCCGUUUUGGCCGUCGCCGGCCGUUCAUUGCCGCCGGCGCCGCCCUUGUCACUAUAGCUGUUUUCCUCAUCGGAUUUGCUGCUGAUCUUGGACAUGCCUCCGGUGACCCUCUCGGAAAAGGGUCCAAACCUCGAGCCAUUGCUGUUUUUGUCGUUGGGUUUUGGAUCCUUGAUGUUGCUAACAAUAUGUUACAGGGUCCAUGCAGAGCGCUAUUGGCUGAUCUGUCCGGCGGAAAAGCCGGGAGGAUGAGAACAUCAAACGCCUUCUUCUCCUUCUUCAUGGCCGUCGGAAACGUCCUCGGUUACGCCGCCGGUUCCUACUCCCGCCUCUACAAAAUCUUCCCCUUCUCUAAAACCCCAGCCUGUGACAUCUACUGCGCCAACCUCAAAUCAUGUUUCUUCAUCGCCGUCUUCCUUCUACUCAGCUUAACAAUCUUAGCCCUAACCGUCGUCCGCGAAAACGAGCUCCCCGAAAAAGACGAACACGAAAUCGACGAAAAAGCCGGCGGCGGCGGAAAAUCAAAAGUCCCGUUCUUCGGUGAAAUUUUCGGUGCUUUAAAAGAUUUACCAAGACCCAUGUGGAUUUUGUUACUUGUCACGUGUUUGAACUGGAUUGCGUGGUUUCCGUUUUUCUUGUACGAUACCGAUUGGAUGGCUAAGGAAGUGUACGGUGGAAAAGUUGGUGACGGGAGAUUGUACGAUUUGGGAGUGCACGCCGGAGCUUUGGGGCUGUUGUUGAACUCUGUGGUGUUAGGGUUUAUGUCGCUAAGUGUGGAGUUUUUGGGGAAGAAGAUCGGUGGGGUGAAGAGGUUAUGGGGGAUUUUGAAUUUCGUGUUGGCUGUUUGCAUGGCUUUGACGGUUUUGGUUACAAAAAUGGCGGAGAAAUCGCGGCAGUAUGACGCUCACGGCACGCUCAUGGCGCCUACCUCUGGUGUUAAGAUUGGUGCCUUGACUCUCUUUGCUGUCCUUGGUAUUCCUCUUGCGGUGACUUUUAGUGUUCCAUUUGCUUUGGCAUCUAUAUUUUCUAGUAAUGCUGGUUCAGGACAAGGUUUGUCACUAGGAGUUCUGAAUCUUGCAAUAGUUGUACCACAGAUGUUGGUGUCAAUAGUUGGAGGGCCAUGGGAUGACUUGUUUGGAGGAGGGAACUUGCCAGGAUUUAUUGUUGGAGCAGUUGCAGCUGCGGCAAGUGGCAUUUUAGCACUCACAAUGUUGCCUUCUCCUCCUGCUGAUGCCAAACCAGCCACCACAAUGGGCGGUUUCCAUUAAACAAUAUUAAUAAUAAUAAAAGAAGAAAAAGUAGCCAUUUCUCUUUUGUAACUUUUUUAUUUUUCUAGAAAACAUGCAUAUUAUUAGAGAGGCUACUUUUACAAGUGGCCUAUGCAUGUAUUUUCUUUUUAUAAAGCUCUCUCUAGAAGAAGAAGGAGGAGGAGGAGGCUCUGUCCUCUGUUCCAAACAAAUGGGGUCAUGUGUGUGAAGUUGUUUUCACGUUGUGUGUAACAAGAAUUAAGUUGUCCAGUAUAACAUGUCUGGGCAAAUGCUUUGUACCUUACUUUUCUUUUUUCUUUGUAAUUUUCUUUCUUGGAAGGUAGGAAAAGAGGUGGUCGGCGUGGAGUUGGGGAGGGGUUGGUGAAGGGAGAUUAAGAAAACUUGUACUUAAAGUGGAAACAAAAUUGAUCAAUAUCUAUCUACUACUCCUAUCUUUCUUUCUUUCUUC